CUCUCAGCAACUCCGCAAUAUCUCGGGCGGACAGAUAAGCGGCUUCUAAUUGACGUUGAAUCACCAGGUUUCGUACGCUGUCUGGACCUUGACAGAGACAUCUUUGGCUUCUUCUCGAAAUUCUCUUUAUUCUUCCCGUUUUCUACGAGACACAAUGGAAUCAAGUCAAAUGGACACGGCAAAGCCGCGUCCGCUGGACCUGAGCCAUCACUACUCCACCAUCACGAAGCUGCGUCAACCGAGCGCUCUCAAGAAAUAUUACAAGUUCUUCCAGAUUCCCGGGAUCGGAAACCUUGCCGGAGGCCUUCCCAAUCCAUCGUUCUUCCCGUACGAUACUCUCGAGGCACAGGCUGCUAAGCCCGAACGAUGGACACCCACUCCGAACGAACCCCCGAGUCCCGAUGCCGUGACCGAUCAACUGGCUGCGGCCGCCAUUUCCUCCGCUCCGAACGGCGGUAGUCGCUACGUGGAGGGUGGUCGCACCGAUAAAUCGAAUACCCUCCCUUCCGAGCCGGAGAAGAGCUGGAGUCUGAACUUAUUCGGAUCCAAAAAGAAGACCUCAUCCGCAGUCCGCGACGACGACAACAACAACAACAACAGCAACAAGGACGUCGACCACGAUGAUCCCAAGUCAGCGAACCACAUAUCCGUCCCGAAAGUCCGCCCCGACGGCGACCUCUCCAAGCGCAUCGACCUAGCCACGGCCCUCCAAUACGGCACCGCCGAAGGCUACCCGCCCCUUCUGUCCUUCAUCCGCCACUUCACCCGGAACCACCUCCACCCGGAGGCUCCCUACGCCGGCGGGCCCGAGGUGGUCCUCACGUGCGGCUCGACCGACGGCAUGGCCAAGACGCUCGAGCUGCUCACCGACGCGUGGGACCCGGCUGCGGACGCCAUCGCCGCCCGCCCGCACCUGCUCGUCGAGCGGUUCAUGUACUCCAACGUCCUGGCCCAGAGCCUGCCGCGCGGGAUCGGCAUCGCGCCCGUCGAGAUUGACGAGGAGGGCAUGCUCGCCGCCGGGCCGGGCGGGCUGGAGGCCGUGCUCGCGUCGUGGGACGAGCGGAGGGGUCGCCGGCCGCACAUGCUGUACACGGUCACCAUGGGUCAUAACCCCACGAGCGGCGUGCUGUCUGUGGAGCGGCGGCGGGCGAUCUAUGCGCUGUGCCAGAAGUACGACGUGAUCAUUGUCGAGGAUGACCCGUAUUGGUUUUUGCAGUUUCCCUCGGCGGAGACGGAGGAGGCUGUGUCCCGCGGUUAUCCUGUGGAGGCGGCGAAGCGACGGUCUGAGAAGGACUCUUCUUCGUCUUCUUCUUCUUCUUCUUCUUCUUCUUGCGGGCGGACCAAGUCGUCUGGCUAUCCUUUCCUGGACUCUCUUGUCCCGUCGUAUCUUAGCAUGGACGUUGAUGGGCGGGUGAUACGUCUUGAUACGUUUUCCAAGACCAUUGCGCCCGGUUGCCGGCUUGGUUGGAUUACAGCGCAGCCAGAGUUUGUCGAGCGGAUCACGAGAAUCGCCGAAACAUCCACCCAACAACCCUCCGGCUUCGUCCAAGCCAUGGUCUCCGAGCUCCUCCUGGGCCCCCAAACCCCGUCCACCACCGCCUCCUUCGCCUCCCUCCCCUCCAAGAAGGACCAGCUCGCCUUCGAAGGCUGGGACACCUCCGGCUGGGUCCGCUGGCUCGAAGGCCUCCGCGGGACCUACGAGCGCCGCAUGUGCCGCAUGGCCCGCAUCCUCGACGACGGCGCCACCUUACUACAGCUCAAGCAGCCGGUGCGCAACAAACCGAGCGGAGGAGCGGGGGGAGGCGGGGGGGGCGACAACCCCCCUGCCACGGCCACGGCUACGGCUGCCGACGACACGGACGACUGGCGCGUCGUGACCAAGACGCGGCUCUACGACUUCGCGUGGCCCCGCGGCGGCAUGUUCCUCUGGCUCCGCGUCCGGUUCCCCUGCCACCCGCUCUGGAUGGCCCGCGGGGUCCCCGGGGGCAGCCUGCCGCGCGUGGACGGACAUGCGCUCAGCACGGCGCUGGUGGCGCUGUGCACGCACCGGCCGUACCUGGUGCUCCCUGCGCCGGGGGUCAUGUUCGCGGCCGAUGGGGGCGUGCUGGCGAGGGAUGCGUGGGCUUAUUACCGGUUGUGCUUCGCGGCCGAGUCGGAGGAGAAUGUGGAUGCUGCUACUCGGCGCUUUGUGGAUGCGCUUCAUGCGUUUUGGCGCAUUCGGGAUGUGGGGAGGAUUGAGGAGCUGGUUAAAGAGUUCAAGUCGGCUGGGGUGGAGGGGGGGCUGGCUGUUGAAGGGAUGGGUAACUUGGCUGGGAUGGGCCAGGGGUGUUGAUUCUGGGAGUUGAAAGAUGGUGUUUUUGUUGUGCGGCACGGAGCAUUGCUAACACUUUGAUCACUUUUGAUGAUUUCAUGUUGUGGUUAGUCUUUACAUUAUAGAGUUGUCUUAUAGUUGAGCAUCUAUGAAUGAUGAUGAUGGUGGUGGUGAUUCUGAUGCACGUGGUGAUGAG